GCCGAGCGCGGAGCCAUGGGCCGGGCUGGGACCGGGACCCGGGGCGCGGCGGUGGCGGUCGCGGUGGCGGGGCCGCUGCUGCUGCUGCUGCUGCUGCUCGCUGGGGCCCCGCCUGCGGCUGCCGGCGACGCCAAGAAGAGCGACGUCAGGCUGGUGUCGGAGCAGUUCUCGCAGUCCCCCCAGAAGCUGUCUUUCUACAGCUGGUACGGAAGCGCCAGGCUCUUCCACUUCCGUGUGCCCCCCGACGCCGUGCUGCUGCGCUGGCUGCUCCAAGUGUCCCGGGGCGGCGGCCCUGCGUGCACCGACGUGGAGGUCACUGUGUACUUCCGUUACGGCGCCCCUCCUGUCAUCAACCCUCUGGACACCGGCUUCCCCGCCAACACCUCCGUGCAGCCCUCCUUCCUCAUCAAGAUGCUGCAGAGCAACGCGUCCGUCAACGUCUCCCACCCAGCACCCGGGGACUGGUUUGUGGCCGCCCACCUGCCGCCCUCAUCCCAGAAGAUUGAGGUGAAGGGUUUUGUGCCCACCUGUGCCUACAUCUUCCAGCCGGACAUGCUUGUCCUGCGGGCAGUCGAGGUGUUCAUCCUGGAGCCUGAUGUCCCCCUUCCACAGACUCUCCUGUCCCACCCCAGCUACCUCAAAAUCUUCAUCCCCGAGAAUACCCGGGAGCUGCGGCUGGAGCUGCGGGGCUGUGCGACCAACGGGAGUCUGGGCUGCCCUGUUCGCCUUACUGUGGGCUCGGCCACCCUGCCCAGGAACUUCCAGAAGGUGCUCACGUGCGUUAGCCCCAGUUGGGCCUGCCACCUGCUGUUGCCUUCGCCGCCCUGGGACCGGUGGCUGCAAGUGACAGCCAGGAGCCUGGCCGGGCCUCAUGUGUCGGUGGCCUUCAGGGCUGUAGCUGCGCUCACAGCCUGCAGGCCGUGGACCCCGAACUCCCAGCACCUCUUGCCGAGCGGCACAAACCAGAGCUAUAACGCCUCCGCUGGCCUGCUGCCCCCAAGCCCCGGCUCCCGUGGCCCGGGCAGGAGAAGCAGGCUGGGCAGCGGGCCCUUCUGCCUCAUGAGCUACCCGGUCCUUCGAGAAGACAUGGACGUGGUAUCUGUACGCUUCCGGCCCGUGGACAGGGUCUCCAUGCUGGUGCAGUCAGCCGUGCCCUCGGUGCUGCGGCUGCACCUCAACACUGGCAUGGACAGCGGGGGCUCCCUCACCGUCUCCCUGCAGGCCAACCAGACCGCGGUCACCAACAACACCUUGGUCGUGGUCUGCGUGAAUGCGGCCUCGCCCUUCCUCAGCUUCAACACGUCGCUCAACUGCACUACAGCCUUCUUCCAGGGCUACCCCCUGUCUCUGAGCGCCUCAUCACGCCAGGCCGACCUCGUCAUCCCCUAUCCAGAGACAGACAACUGGUACCUCUCCCUGCAGCUCGUGUGCCCCGAGAGUCCUGAGGAGUGUGAGCAGACCUCGGUCCUCGUGGAGACCACCUUGUACUUGGUGCCUUGCCUGAAUGACUGUGGACCCUACGGCCAGUGUCUUCUGCUGCGCAGACACAGCUACUUGUAUGCAGGCUGCAGCUGCAAGGCAGGCUGGCGUGGGUGGAGCUGCACGGACAACAGCACAGCCCAGACGGUGGCCCAGCAGAGGGUCGCCACCCUCCUUCUCACCCUCAGCAACCUCAUGUUCCUGGCUCCCAUUGCCGUCUCUGUGCACCGCCUCCUCCUGGUGGAGGCCUCCGUCUAUGCCUACACCAUGUUCUUCUCCACGUUCUACCAUGCCUGUGACCAGCCCGGGGAGGCGGUGCUGUGCAUCCUCAGCUAUGACACAUUGCAGUACUGCGACUUUCUGGGCUCUGGGGUGUCCAUCUGGGUCACCAUCCUCUGCAUGGCGCGGCUGAAGGCGGCCUUGAAACAUGUCCUGUUUCUCCUGGGCACGCUGGUCUUCGCCAUGUCCUUGCAGCUGGACCGCAGGGGUGCCUGGAAUAUGAUGGGGCCUUGUCUCUUUGCCUUUGUGGUUAUGGUCACCAUGUGGGUGUACCGCUGCGGGCACCGGCGCCAGUGCUACCCGACCUCCUGGCAGCGCUGGGGCUUUUUCCUCCUGCCCGGCAUCUCCAUGGCCGCUGUGGCUGUGGCCAUCUACACCUCCAUGAUGACCAGUGACAACUAUUACUACACCCACAGCAUCUGGCACAUGCUGCUGGCGGGAAGUGCCGCCUUCCUGCUGCCGCCGCGAGAGGAGCACACCGAGCCCUGGGCCUGCUCGCAGAAGCUCACGUGCCGCUAUCAGAUCUGUAAGAGCCACCGAGAGGAGCUGUACGCGGUGACGUGACAUGGCCGGCUCGGGGACGCCUGCGGCUGUGAUGAUGACCUCACUGGCCAGGGAUGUGACCGGAGAACGAGUCUGUCCAGACCGAUUUCCAACUGAAUAAAAUUGCCCUGUGCACCCUUUUGCUUCCUCCUGGGGAGAGGACCACACCUCCCACCUGCCUUGUGCCUGCCAGGUGCUGGCUCCCGUGGCCCCUCCACAGGUCCCAGCUGGUGUCUGCAGGGGCCCCUGGGGCCUGGGCCUGGCUGCCUGGAGACCACAGGUACCAUACAGGGCCAGGUUCUGUGUUCUUCUGGCGUAGAGAUGCUUGGACACGUGGAGAAAGACUCCCCCAUUGCCCCAUUCCCCUGUGAGGUUGUGAUGUGACACCCAAGGGGACAAGGGACACCUGAGCUCACCUCCCACAGGCCCCGCCCCACUGGGCCUGGGAGCUGUGCCCUCCCUGCCUCCCUGAUGCCAGCCUUCCUCAAGCAUGGGGAUGCUUCCCACCGAUGCAGUAGUGUGGGGGGAGGUGUCCGUAGUCCCCAGGGAGCUGAUGGGCACUGGGGCUGCCAUGAGUGACAUGGAGAGGUUGGCAUUUGGCUGUCUGGUCCUGCCCUGCCCCUCCCUUUGGCUCUCAGCUUUGGAGCUGCAGGCCCUUGAGAAGGGCUUCUUUGGGAGGGGCUGCCGAGCUGCUCUAGGGGUGUGAUACAACCUGGCACACUUUGCCCCAGGUCCGUGCCUUCAGCCUUCCCUGGGGUUCCUGGGACCUUGUCUGGAACUCAGAAGGAUGAGUUGCUCCCCGGAGAGGAGGUGAUGACUGUAGCCCUGCACCGGGCUCAACUGUGUGUUUGGGGAGGGGCUUCCCAGAGAUCUGGCUGGGCCUUUAUGCCUCCUCUGUGGGAGAAGCAGGAUAAGGGGGGCUGACUGCCCCAGGGUCAGUGCCCUGCCCCUCCCCUAAGACAAAACUGCAGUGGGCUGCUGCUAUAGGACCAGGGGUGUGGGACGUGGCCACAGGAAGCGAGGCCGCUGAGGGUGGGGUGCAGGCAUGCAGCCCAGCCCAUCCUGCCUACUGGCUGCGGGGGGGGGUUUCCCUUCUUGGUCCUGUCCAAGGUGUGGCCUCCCUGGAGGCCUCCCCCACCCCUUUCACCCUGCACUUGGCCACUAGGUCACUCAAGGCUUGUAAAGGGGAGACAUUUAUAUAUGGUGUUUUGGGGGGUAAAAAAUUUUAAGACAAGAGGGCAUAUUUUUAUGUAGCCCUUCUUUCGCUGCGAUUGAUGAAUUUAAUAUUCUACAGUGAUAUUUCAAGA